GCCUCUCGGGAGUAUCUCGACUGGUGUCGCGUACGACGAUGACCUCCGGAGGUCGCCGGUAAUGCAUUCGUUCUUCUGCGGCAUUUCCGCGCUCUUCACUCAUCGCUUUUCAUCGCUGCGAAACUUCGAUUGUAUCACACCGAUAAUUCGUGAACGUAAACAAGACGAAUUUAUAAAUAUCUGUACUAACGGUUUGACCUACUGGUAAUCUAUUUGCGACAUUCCUAAACCGGUAAAUACCGACGAAUUUGCCUAAACUAAUUGUCUACAUACAAUUAGCGGUUACGAAAUUGGUGAGAAAAAAAAAUAAAUCUCGCUACAUGUAGUUAAACGUCGAGCGAGAAUUUUAUCACAUCUGCAAACAGAUAGGAGGGAUUGUAUCAGUAUUUCACAUGGUGUUUUUCGGUGUAAAUGCUCGCUUUUCCGCGGACGGAAGUGUCGAUAAAAUGGUCGGCGUGCAGAAGUCGAAAUUCAUCGGCCACCUUACCGUCCUGAUUCGGUCCCCAUCGAUAUCGGAUUGCCUCUACGAAAACCCCAAAGCCAACGUUCUGUUGGUGACGGCGAUUUCAUUGUCGAAAAAACAUGCCGAGGCGCGGCUAUGGGCGAAGCGACAGGCGAGGGCGGAGGCGCGCGAAAUCCGCAUGCGAGAACUCGAACGCCAGCAGAAGGAGCAAGAGGAGAACGCCGACAGGCAAUUCGACAUGCUGUCCUCGGAGCCGACCUCCUUGGUGCGGACGCCAAGGAGCACCGGCCGGUUCCUGUCGAGCCGGCGCAGUUCGGAGGAUUCCUUGGAGGACGGCGGCGGAAGCUUCCGGGAGUUGAGACACGAGCUCAAAGAGGUGGAAGAGAAAUUCAGGAAAGCCAUGAUAGCGAACGCCCAAUUAGAUAACGACAAAUCGGCGCAGACGUAUCAGCUGGGACUGUUCAAAGAUAGACUGGAAGAAUUGGAGGAGGAGCACUCCCAGUUGAAGCGCGAGCACCGGGACAAGUGCAGGGAGUAUCAGACGUUGAAGAGCGUCUGUGCGAAGCUGAAGGACGAUCUCGCCUUCGUCAAAUACGAAUUGGACGAAAGGGAUAGGCUCAUAGCGGAGAAAGGUUUAGUUAUAGUGGCGGAGGAGGUGCCCGCCGACGAGGACGGCACCCACCGUCCGCCCAGGAAGGCUUUAGUCAGCGCGGAAAACGCCAAUUUGCUCGAGACCGCGGGCGAUGGAAGUUUGGACGUGCGGUUAUCCCGAUUCCUUAAAGAAAAAACCGAAAUGCAGGAUCAAAUUAGCCAUUUAAAAUUAGAGUUAGAAGAAGAGAAGAGCAAACGGAGGAAACCCAGUUCGGGCGGCGCUCUAAACGGACCUUCGUCGGAUUGCGAUUACGACGACAUUCAAAGAGAGGCGAGUAAAAUGCUGUCCGAUUGGAAAUUUCGAGCGCAGAAGGCCGAGCAGGACGCCGCGACGCUCCAAGCGACGGUGGCGCGUCUCGAAAGCCAGGUGAUCAGAUACAAAACGGCGGCGGAGACGUCCGAGCAAUCCGAGGAGGCUCUCAAGACCGAAAAAAGGAAAUUGCAAAGAGAGGCCAGAGAAGCCUUGAAUCGAGUAGAAGAAUUAGAAACUUCAAAUACACACUUACUGAAGAGGUUAGACAAGUUAAAAAAUGCCAAGUCGGCCCUGUUGAAAGAACUUUGAUUUUAAGUUUAUUUAUAUUCGUCUCCUACCUGUACAAUUUUUGUGGUUAAUUUUAUUAAUACACCCUAAAACAUUCGUAAGCCUAUAAAAUGCCUUCGUACAUAAGUCUUAUAUGUAAACAUUCAGAGAAGUUAACACGUUUUAACUGGCUUCUUUUUGUUUGAAAUUCGCGUUCGAAUCGAAUAUUUAAUAUUGUAUUUGUUAAUAUUUCUGUAUUUAUUUAAAAAAAAGUUUAGAACGCACAUAUAUUGUUCAAGAAUGGUGUUUUUGAAGAGUGCAUUCUAAACUUUUCCUCCUUUUAAUUGUAAAUAAGUAAUUUUAUUCAGCCUCAGGAUUUAAAAGUGUCCAUAUUUGUUUUAAAUCGUACUCAUGCAUAUUUUUAUUCGUUAAAUAAUCGAGCUUUCUUAUCAAAUAGCCUCAUUUUAAAUAUAUUCGCUACAAGGUUUUUUUUUGAUUAUUUUUAACGAUGUAAAUUUAACCAAAAGUUUUUUGUAUGAAAUAUUGAAAUAAACUAUUUUAUUUGGCUCAAUGAAAACUUAAAAUAAUAUUAAAGCAAAGAGCGACUAUAAAUUGGCUCAAAAAAGUUUAUAUUUUUACAAUGCUCACUUGCUUUAAGUACACUUCGCCGUGGUUCAGAAUUUUGUUGAAACGAGCUGAAGUAUAAGAUGAUUAAAAGAAAUGUAAUUGUAUAAAAUUGCUCAUUCGAUAAAAAAGCUGUGCAUUUUCUACCCCCUCAAUUAUCAUACGACUGAAUAAUUGGAAGAAUUCGCCUUUCAGUUUCAAUGAUUCGAAAUUUAUCGAUGAAAAUUGUCGUACUGUUAUUGAAUUGUAAGUUUCCCUAACAGCUAAAUGCAAAUAACGCUUAAGUAAAAACAUGUACAUAUAAAAUAUGUGAUUUUGUGUAUACAUCUAUAAUCGUUUUGGUAAAAGGUAAUUUAAAAAAUAAAACUAAUUUAUAGAAAAUUAAAAUUUCUUUUUUUACUCAGUAGCAGUACCCUCGCGAUUUUGCUCGCGGCGUUUUAUUUAUAUCCUAUCUGUAAUC